UAAAGGAAAAGAAAUUCCUUUCAUCAGUUACCCAUUGCUGAUAUCAUCUCUCUAUAUAAAGAGGAAAGCUUGGAAUCACAGUGAGGCUGACAAGGGAGGUAAGCUUGAAAACUCUCUAUUGUUUAGCUGCAUGCUCUUUAUUUUCUUUUAGCACGUGGUGCUGCAGAAAUUCAGAAGGAAAGAAGAAGCAGAGCAUAGUAGAUGGAUUACUCAACGGUCUCGUGGUUCUCAGAACUAGUAAGAAACUUCACCUAGCUGAAGUACGUCGUUCUAUAAUACUCUCUCUCUCUCGGGUUAAUGGCUACUGAAACUUAGCCUUUCCUUUUCCUGCGAUUCCUACUUCUGAAAGUGCAGAAGAAGACAAAGCUUUACUUUUCCCCUGGAUAAUGAAGUGGAAAACAAAUCUUAACCCUUCGUAUAAUAGCUAUGAAUCUAUGAUCAUCUCUUACAUAAUUAUUACCAUAAUAUUACUUAUAAUGGCCAUAAUGGUGUCACAUUUACAAGCAUUAAUAUGAAUACACAUUGAAGAGAAGAAUAUUUAAUGCACGCAUGAUCCAAACAGACAAUGCAAAAUUUAAGAACAUGACUGAGUCAUUAAUUUUACAGGGAGUGGAAAAUUCAAUUUUCGAGGAUCGAUGUGAUUUCACUGACUCAUUUGAUGAAGACUUGGCUGCUUUUCUUGGAGAAGAAUCCCCCACUUUGUCUCCACAAAGUAAUUGCUCAUCAAGUCUGAUUCGGAGUAGCAGCUCUUCCACCAAUUUGCGCACUUCCUCGUGCAUGGAAAAAAAUGAAGUUGCCAUCGAACAACCGUCGAAGCAGAAAGAGACUAACAAUUAUAACUUCUGUAGGCCUAAUCCUGAUCCGUUUCCUUCUUCUUCCACUCCAAUCAUUCUCAAUUUUGGCAGUGUGAAUUCUUUUGAAAGUCCUCAGCCACUGAACCUAAGCACCAUGAAUAGUGAAGAAAAGGCAGCAGUUUCUGAAGUUUUGAGAAAGCCUGUAGAGGUUACAAAAAUUGAACCAACAAUAAAGAAAACCAGUCGUGUCAGGCCUCCAUCUCAAACCUACGAUCAUAUACUUGCAGAAAGAAAGAGGCGAGAACAUCUCAGCCAGCAAUUUGUUGCUCUUUCAGCUCUAGUUCCUGGCCUGAAGAGGAGGGACAAAAUUUCUGUACUGGGAGAUGCUAUCAAGUAUCUGAAACACCUCCAACAGCGUAUGCAAGCUAUCGAGGAACAAUCAACGAAACAAAACCUGGAAUCUGUGGUUCUUGUCAAGAGAUCGAGGCUUCUAAUGGAAGAUGAUGGAUUGUCCUACGAGAGUAACAGUUCCAGCGAGCAGCAGUUGCCGGAAAUAGAAGCUAGAGUGUGCAAUAACGACAUUCAUCUCAGGAUCCACAGUAAGAAACACAAAGGGGUUUUGUCGAAAGUAUUAUGUGAGGUAGAGAAGCUCAAUCUCACCAUAGUCAAUAUUAAUGUCACGCCAUUUGGAAGUUUUGCCCUCGACAUUAUUAUUAUUGCAGAGAUGGAGGAAGAAUCCAGCUUGACCGCGAAAGAAAUUGUAAAAAUUCUUGAUUCGACCCUCCACCGUACAGCAUAGCCAGUGCAUAAGAUUAAUAAUGAGCUAGCCCGUGAUUCUGAGACACUUUGUACAUAAAUUGUGUUGAGCUUUCCAUAUUCCAGGAAGAGAGAAAAUCAAUGGAAGAGAAACUAGAGAAAAGGGUACAUGCAGGGUUGAGCGAUAUCUUUAAGCGUUCAAAAUUUGAGCAAGGGAAAGUUGAGAGGACGAGAAAUAUUAUAUUAUGAAUUUUCUCAAUUAAUAGUCUUCUUUUCAUGUGAUUGUUCGCAGCUUGCCUAACCAUGUUAAUUUGUAUUUCUUUUUUUCUCUUC